AUGCCUCUCUCUUCAUCUCCCAUCCUUUACCCUGCAAGUUCCUCGCCUUCGGCAGUUACCAAUACAAAGAAACGCCGACUAUUUCAGCCCUUUCCCACCCUACCUCAUCCAAAGAAAGCUAAAAUUGUGGGAGGGUUUUUUGAUGACAGUGAUGAAGAUGACGACAAAGGCAGGGACAAGCCAGCGGACGUACAAAGACAACAGGAUCCUGGCCCAGAAGCACAGACAUUGGCCACAAAUCCGGAAAAGCAUGAUAGUGCAAACACCAAUUCUGAAGCAGUGCCACAGAAAAUCCCUUCUAGUCCAAUUCUACCACCUCUUCCUCGGCCUCGGUUGAGAAGACUACCACCAAAGACGGUGAAUGUGCAGAUAUCAACCGGCACUUCGUUGAGUAUUCCCUUGAGGAAAGAGUCAGAAGCUCUCCCAUACGAACAGACAAUUGCGCAACGGUCGACGACAGUUGCGGGUCGUGCAAGGAAAUCAUACUAUGGCGUUGACAUCCACAAGCUCAUGGACGAGGCACAGACACAGCGUCAACUCGACGAGUUCGAGAAGCAAAGAAAAUCUCAGCAAGCAGCAGAAAUACCUCUUCAAACCCGGACGAAUGCCGUCAUACCCAGUUCGAAGUCGACCGUGCACCAAAUGUGGACCGAGAAAUACCGUGCAAAGAAGUUUACCGAUCUUGUGGGUGAUGAACGUACUCAUAGAUCUGUCCUGAGAUGGCUCAAAUCCUGGGAUGAACUGGUCUUUCCCGGUCAUUCGAAACCCAAAUCAAUGCGGAUAUUUGACGAAAAGGAUCAAACUCAGCGACAACACCGGAAAAUUCUGCUAUUGACGGGACCCCCAGGACUUGGGAAGACCACUUUAGCUCAUGUUUGUGCCAAACAGGCCGGAUACGAAGUUCUCGAAAUCAACGCAAGCGACGACAGGAGCGGGGAUGUUGUGAAAGGCAGGAUCAAAGAUGCUCUGGGCACUGAAACAGUGCGUGGAAUAAAGGAGCAAGGUAAAGCGAGAAAGCCAGGGCGCCCUGUCUGUGUCGUCGUAGACGAAGUUGACGGCGCUACGGCAGGACCUAGCUCAAGUGGUGGUGAGGGUGGCUUUAUCAAAGCUCUAAUCGAUCUAGUUCAACUUGACCAGAAAAAUUCCGCCCGGGGAGGAAAUCAAGAAGCUGUCGGAAACAAGAAGAAAAAGGACGAUAAAUUCAGGAUGCUCAGACCUCUGAUUUUGGUGUGUAACGAUGUAUACGCACCUUCACUCCGACUACUACGAACCAGUUCCAUUGCAGAAGUUGUUCAUGUGCGAAAGGCACCAAUCGACAAAGUCAUUGCUCGGGUGAAGGCCGUUUUCGAAAAAGAAAAUAUUGCUUGUGACAAUGAUGCUGUCCGCCGGCUAUGUGAAAACGCCUGGGGCUUGGGCAUGCGAAAGCAGAGAGUCCCUGGAUCUCGAGGCUCUGGAGAAGGCGAUAUCCGAGCAGUGCUCGUACAGGCCGAAUGGAUUGCACACAAGUUACGAACAGAUGGAGCCAAAGCUAGAUUGACACGUCAAUGGUUGGAGCCCCAGCUCGGAGACGCUAUGGCAGAACAAAAAGGUCUUGGACGGGGCGGUGUCCGGGAAGUCGUUGAAAGAGUAUUCAUUGAAGGAGCUGGUUUGCCGAAUCUUCCAACGGUCCUCUUAGCAGAUGACGCCAGGCUUGUUGCCGGGUCGAUAACCCAUCCCAUUGGAGUAUCAGACCUUCGAAAGCGGGCAGCUAUUGCUACUCUAAGAGAGAUGGCAGAUACCUGUGGGGAGCACGACCGCCUCAUUACCGAAUGCUUCGCUACGUAUCCUACACAAGUAUAUCAGGAUGAUGUUCAGCUGUCAAAACCAAACGCGAGUUACGAGUGGCUUCAUUUCCACGACUGCUUAUCAAAUCGUGUAUACUCGGGCCAGGAAUGGGAAUUAACACCUUACUUGAGUACGAGUGCUUGUGGUUUCCAUAAUCUCUUUGCAACAGUCGAUAAAGGUACCAGCUCUUGGAUCGACGAGAAGCCUGAGGAUGAACAAGUGGACUUGCAUCCUUUCAGCGGUCUCAAGGCAGAUUUUGCGGCUUACGAGGCGGAGAAACGAAAUCGAGCACUUCUUACCGAGCUGCGGUCGAGCCUCUCCGGAUCUUUGCUGAGAUUGUUUAGCUCUCUUGACACUCUGGCCACAGAGCUCGUCCCAGCCAUAGGCAAAAUGCUCGCACCGGAAAUCAAGCCGAUUGUAAUUGGAGGUUCUGGUGGAUCUGCCAGCGUCGCAAGUGUACGGAAAGAAAGCGAGAAGGUAUGCAUCAAGAAUGCUGUGCGAACAAUGGUGGCUCUCGACAUUUCGUUUGAAAAAGUCCGCGUCGAGAUCGAAGGUGGUGGAGCUCAUUCAAACGGUGGCUUCGCGUAUAGAAUGGAACCCCCGCUUGAUACUUUGUUCAGCUUUCACUUGGACAAAUCGGCAUCAUCAAUUGGUCCGGUACGAUAUGCUGUACGUCAGGUGCUGGAUCAAGAGCUCAGGAAAGAAAAUUUAUUGCUAAACUCAUUGGCAAGACAAGCCCGUUCGUCAGUGGCAGUGGCAGAGCUCACAAUGGAUGUGGACGGAGAUGAAGAUAAGGAGAAUGAGACCCCUGUGGAGAAGGCCAAACAGACCAUGUCGAAUGAAUCGGGGAUGAAGAGAGAUUUCUUCGGCCGGAUCAUCAACGAGAGUCGACCCAAGUCCGCAGGUAAAGGAGCUGCGGUACAGAUGACAAUGUCAAAAGGAAAGGACGAAAGUCGGGUGUGGGUUUCAUUUCACGAAGGAUUUUCCAACGCCGUUCGGAAGCCGAUAACCCUGAAGGGGCUGAUGGAGGGCUUUUGA